AGGUUCGAAUUAGGAUUAUAGGUAGUUUUGUUAGCUCCCACUGGCUCAUGGUCCAGUUCCAUCUCCCAAAGCCGAGGCUCUUUCUCGAGUCUCCUUUCCCCAACAGGAAGCUGCCACUUCAGAGUUAGCAUGCCUUCCCAAGCCCUGACACCAGAUCAAAAGAAGGACCUAACGGAGAUUGUUAAGCGGCUGAUCGCUCCGGGAAAGGGAAUUCUGGUCUUGGAUGAGUCCCUCUGUGCUAUGGAUAAGCGGUUCUCGUGUCUUGGCAUUGAGAACACCGAAGAGAACCGGCGCCGCUAUCGCCAGCUGUUUGUGACAGCUGAUGGUGAAAUAAGCAACUACAUCGGAGGAGUUAUCCUUUCCCAUGAAGCAUUCUAUCAAAAGUGUGAUGAUGGCCGGCCCUUUCCAGACGUCAUCAAGAGCAAGGAUGCUGUUGUGGGCAUCAAGGUGGACAGGGGUGUCGUGCCCCUGGCAGGAACCAAUAACGAAACUACCACUCAAGGGCUGGAUGGCCUGGCUGAGCGCUGUGCCCAGUACAAGAAGGAUGGAGCUGACUUUGCAAAGUGGCGUUGUGUACUGAAGAUUGGGGAGAACACACCCUCUCCUCUUGCCAUUUGGGAAAAUGCUAACGUGCUGGGUCGGUAUGCCAGUGUUUGCCAGCAGAACGGCCUGGUUCCCCUCAUCGUGCCAGACAUCCUCUCUGAAGGAAACCAUAAUCUGAAGCAAUCUCAGUUUAUUACAGAGAAGGUUCUGGCUUCUGUACUCAAGUCUCUGAAUGACCACCAUAUUUUCCUUGAAGGGACUGUGCUUCAACCCAACAUGGUGGUACCGGGCCACGACUGUUCCCAGAAGUUUCCCCCCGAGGAAAUCGCAAUAGCAACUAUAACAGCUCUGCGCAAUGCUGUGCCCCCUGCAGUACCUGGUGUAGCCUUCACAUCUGGAGGCCAGAGUGAGGAGGAUUCCAUUACACUCCUCAAUGUACUGAACAAAUGUUCCUUGCCCAAGUCAUGGAUCCUGACCUUUUCUUAUGGCCGACCUCUACAGACAUCUGCUGCCAAAGUCUGGGGAGGGAGGGAUUCCAGUGCCAAGAUGGCGCAGCAAGAAUACCUCAAACAAGCCAAGGCCCUCGGGCAGGCCAGUACAGGCAAGUAUUGCCCAGCCAGUAGCGGAAGAACGUCACAUACCACUGAGUCCCUCUUCAUCUCAGUCUACAUCUCUAACAGUCCCAAAUUCAAUCACUAAAUCAGAGCGUUCCACUUGAGUGGGCUCCAGUAAGGGAAAGCUCCCAAUAUACCUCUACAGUGAGCAAAAACUGGGAUCCAAACUUUCAUGGUGACUUCUCCCGUCACUCUUUCUACCUUGUGCCUUGUCAUACCUCUGCAUGAAUCUAGUGAUUCCUUGGCAAUCCACCUUCACCAAUAAACAACUAUUUAACACCAACAGGAAAAAUUAAAAAAAAAUAAAAGCAGAGCAGGUGAUAA